CCUUGAGCACUGCAUUUCUUUGCAACACUCUCAUGAUGAAGAUCCUAGGGGGAUUUCUUUCUCUGGGUGUGUUGGCUAUUUUCUGGAGCUACAUUAAUGCAGAUGAACAGGAGUUCAUGCUACUUGCGGGUCCUCUGACCACCAGCCAGAAUUUACCUUCAGAGGAACAAUAUGUGUUUAACUGUAGAGGUCCACUGCCACAACAAUCCAAAGACUACUUCUUGUACCUUCAAAGGAGAGGGGUGACCAACUUCAAGGUUCUCCUGUCUUGGUCUCAUAUUCUUCCUACAGGUGAUGCCAACCAGCCACAUGAAGAAACUGUGAUGUGCUUUAAGACGCUUGUACAACAGCUGACUGAAUCAGGCAUCAAACCUCUGCUGGUUCUCCAUCGUUCUGCAGUACCAGAACUCUUCAGAGCCAAAUAUGGAGGCUGGGGGAAUCCAUUGCUAGUGCAGAUUUUUGAGCAGUAUGCAGGAUUUGUGUUCAGCACAUUUAGGGAUCACGUUGACACGUUCGUCACAUUCAGCCACCUGCAUGAGCUACAACAUGAAGAACUUCAAAAUGCUCUCCAGUCCCAUGAAAAUGCUUACAAAGUCUGCCAUCAACAGUUCAAAGGGCUUCGUUUGUCUCUUGGAAUCAGAGCUAGUCAUGCUACAUCCAUUUAUCAAAUGGGAUCAAAAAUUAUGACACAUGUGGAUUUCCUCUCAGUGCACAUGCAGUUCAACUGCAAAAUGCAGACAGCUCUUACUGAGGAAUUGAGAAAAGUACAGAUAGUCAGCGGUCAAAAGUCCCUCCUUAUUUAUCAGCUGACAGUGAAUGAUUGUGAUGGAUAUGAACAUGAUUUCCAGCCACUUACUGUAGUUCUUGGAGUUUUACAGAACAAAGAUUAUAAAAUCAUAGGCUGUGACAUCACACAUGUUUUUGAGAAGCUAGAUUAUGAAGAAACACCCAGAAGUCUGCAGAAAGAAGAUGCUAUGUCUGUCUUCAAUCAGAAAUCAGCUUCUGCAUUCUCAUAUCAGAAGGUUUGGGAGAAAUUCAAAACUCAGACUGAAGCUGAGCGGGACCAGUUCCUCAGUGGUUCCUUCCCAGUUGAUUUUGAAUGGUCCGUCUCCAGUGAGAGUUUCAAAGUCGAAGGUGGAUCAGCAGAACACGGGAAGGGUGAAACCAUAUGGGACCGUUUUAACCAUGAGGCCGGGGUCAACGAAUCCAUUUUGGGCUGUGAUAGUUAUCACAAGGUGGACUAUGAUGUGUAUCUUCUUAGAGGCAUGAUGGCACCAAAUUAUCAGUUCUCAAUUUCUUGGGCUCGCAUUUUUCCCACUGGACGCAAAGAAAGUUUUGUUGAAAAGGGGGCUGCUUAUUAUGAUAAGAUGAUUAAUACACUCCUGCAAUCAGGAAUCGAGCCCACUGUUACCCUGCAUCACUGGGACCUUCCCCAAGCUCUACAGGAAUCAGGAGGCUGGAUUAAUGACUCCAUUGUUGAAGCUUUCAAAGAGUUUUCUGACUUCUGCUUCUCUCGUUAUGGAGACAGGGUCAAAACAUGGGUCACCUUUGGCAGUCCUUGGGUAGUGAGCAAUUUGGGAUAUGGAACAGGCGUAUAUCCUCCAAGCAUUAAAGACCCAGUAUCUGCCUCUUACAAGGUGACGCACAAUAUUCUGAAAUCUCAUGCUGAAGCCUGGCAUAUUUAUAAUGAUAAAUACAGGAAACUGUAUGGUGGAAAAGUGGGCAUUGCUCUGAACUCAGAUUGGGCAGAGCCGAGGGAUCCCUCAAGUGAUCAGGAUGUAGCAGCAGCUGAGCGUUAUCUAAACUUCAUGCUGGGCUGGUUUGCUCAUCCAAUAUUUGUAGAUGGAGAUUAUCCAGCGGUGCUGAGGGAGCAAAUUGAGAAAAAGAAAAAAUUGUGUGACCAAGACCUGGCAAGACUCCCUGUCUUCACCGAGGCUGAGAAACAAAGAAUUCAAGGCACAGCUGAUUUCUUCGGACUAAACCACCAAACAUCCCGACUGAUUAGUGAGAAUUUGACUAGCUGUGAUGCAGGGCCAGAUAAUGUUGGGGACUUCCAGGCUCAUAUUGACCCUACAUGGCCCACUACAUCUUCUGACCAGAUCCAGUCUGUUCCAUGGGGGCUCCGGCGGUUAUUGUAUUACAUCUUUUUAGAGUACACAUCUAUCACAAAGGUGCCCAUCUAUAUCACAGGAAAUGGAAUGCCAACUGAGUAUACUGGUGACGGGAUCAAUGACACUCUGCGUGUUGACUAUCUCAAAGCUUACAUUAAUGAAGCAAUGAAAGCUGUACAUUUGGAUGAUGUUGUCGUUCAGAGGUUUACAGUCCAGUCUCUAAUGGAUGGAUAUGAGGGUCCUCCAGGUUACACUCAACGGUUUGGUUUGCACUAUGUGAACUUUGAUGAUCCUGACAGGCCAAGAACCCCUAAAGCAUCAGCAUACUAUUACUCAAAGGUGAUUGAGAGAAAUGGAUUUGCUGAGACUGCAGCAAGCCCUAAGAUGCAAAUCCAUGGAAAUCAAGUCGAAAGUAGAAGACUCCCUAGUUUGCCUCCAUCUCAAGUGCCUUCAAAAUCCAAGGUUGUUUGGGAAAAGUUUUCACCUCAGACCAAAUUUGAGAGGCAGCUUUAUCACUAUGGAACAUUUUCAGAGGGAUUUCAGUGGGGUGUCUCAUCUUCAGCUUAUCAAGUUGAAGGUGGCUGGAAUGCAGAUGGAAAAGGACCAAGUGUUUGGGAUACUUUCACUCAGAAACCUGGUAAUAUCCCAAACAAUGCCAAUGGCGAUGUUGCAUGUGAUAGCUACAAUAAAGUAGAUGAGGAUCUACACAUGUUGAGGGCCCUAAAAGUGAAGACUUACAGAUUCUCAUUGUCAUGGUCUCGGAUCUUUCCAAAUGGCUAUAAAUCUUCCCUUAACCAGAAGGGGGUGGAUUACUACAACAGGCUCAUAGAUGGUCUCAUAGCAAAUAAUAUCACACCCAUGGUGACUCUCUACCAUUGGGACCUGCCGCAGGCUUUACAGAACAUCCAUUGGGACAACACUGAAAUGAUUGGCUUAUUCAAUGAAUAUUGUGACUUCUGCUAUGCAACAUUUGGAGAUAGGGUGAAGUUUUGGAUCACCUUUAAUGAACCCCAGACGAUUGCAUGGUUGGGAUAUGGGCUGGGUCAGAUUCCACCUAACGUGAAGCAACCAGGAGAUGCUCCAUACAGGGUUGCACACAACCUCCUGAAAGCUCAUGCACAAGCUUAUCACACAUAUGAUGAGAAAUACAGGGCAUCUCAAGGUGGUCUGGUAUCCAUUAGUCUGAAUGCUGAAUGGGCAGAACCCCUGGAUGUCAACAUCCCUCGAGAGGUUGUGGCUGCAGACCGAGCCCUUCAGUUCCAACUAGGUUGGUUUGCACACCCCAUAUUUAAAAAUGGUGACUACCCUGAAGCCAUGAAGUGGCAAGUUGGCAACAAGAGUGAACUGCAAGGCUUGAAGGAAUCCCGCUUACCUCAUUUUACUGACCAAGAAAAAGCCUUUAUCCAAGGAACAGCUGAUGUAUUCUGCAUUAACACAUACACUACCAAAGUCGUGCGCCAUGUGACCAGCAGACUUAAUAUCGAAUCCUAUCAGACUGACCAGGAUAUUGAGAAGGACAAGGCAGAUGGCUCUGAAAAUACAGCUGUUAGUGAGCAGAAAGCUGUUGCUUGGGGACUCAGGAGACUUCUCAUUUGGUUGAAAGAAGAGUAUGGAAAUCCUGAGAUUUAUAUUACGGAAAAUGGUGUAGCUACAGGCACUGCCAUUACGACAGAUGACACUGAUAGAAUAUUCUACUUGAAGACCUAUGUUGAUGAGGCUCUUAAAGCACACAAUUUGGAUGGAGUACGUGUUAAAGGAUACAUUGCUAGUUCUCUCAUGGACUCCUUUGAGUGGCUAAAUGGCUACAAUGUUGGCUAUGGACUUCACCAUGUGGACUUUAAGCAUUCAAGUCGACCAAGAACCCCAAAGCGCUCAGCUCACCUCUACUUUGAUAUAAUGAGAAAUAAUGGCUUUCCAAUGCCCGUGGAGGAAAAAAUGCUAUAUGGACAUUUCCGAGAGGGAUUUGUAUGGAGCACAGCAACCGCUGCAUAUCAGAUAGAGGGCGCCUGGAGAGCUGAUGGAAAAGGCCUAAGCAUUUGGGACAAAUUUGCACACACUUCUUUAAAGAUAUCCCAAGAUGAAAAUGGUGACAUUGCCUGUGACAGCUACAACAAGAUCGAAGAGGAUAUCGAUAAUCUCAAAACACUGAGGGUCAACCACUAUCGAUUUUCUAUUUCAUGGCCCAGAAUUCUGCCAGAUGGAACAAACAGAAAAAUAAAUGAGGCUGGGCUCAACUACUAUCACAGACUGAUAGAUGUUCUCUUGGCAGCCAAUAUCAAGCCACAGGUGACUCUGUACCACUGGGAUCUGCCACAAGCUCUCCAGGAUGUCGGUGGCUGGGAGAAUGACACUAUUGUUGAUAGAUUUAAAGACUAUGCUGAUGUUGUAUUUAACAGUCUAGGAGACAAAGUAGAGUUUUGGAUUACUAUAAAUGAACCCUACAAUGUUGCAAUGGUUGGACAUGGCUAUGGAAGUGCAGCACCAGGUAUAACUUUCAGACCAGGCACUGCGCCAUAUAUUGUGGCACACAACCUUAUUAAGGCUCAUGCUGAGGCCUGGCAUCUGUAUAAUGAUAAGUAUCGUGCAAAGCACGGUGGGAUUGUUGGCAUCACUAUAAACUCUGACUGGGCUGAACCAAGAAAUCCAUACAAACAGGAAGACGUAGAUGCUGCCAGGCGUGUGGUUCAGUUUCAGCUUGGUUGGUUUGCUCAUCCAGUGUUCAAUGGAGAUUACAGUGAUUUAAUGAAGGAUAUUGUUCGAGAAAGAAGUCUGGCAGCUGGCCUACCUAAAUCAAGGCUUCCAGAAUUUACCCCAGAAGAAGUAGCAAGAAUUAAAGGUACUCAUGAUUAUUUUGGAUUCAACCACUACACCACUGUUUUAGCCUAUAAUUUUGACUACAAGGAUCUCCAGCACUAUGAUGCAGACAGAGGUGUAGGAACUGUUACGGAUCGUACAUGGCUAGAUUCCGGAUCCUUUUGGCUGAAAGUAACUCCUGUGGGAUUCCGAAAGAUUCUGAAUUUCAUUAAGGAGGAAUAUGGAGACCAUACUAUUUACAUUACAGAAAACGGGGUGUCAGAACGAGGGCCAGUCAAUUUGAAUGACAUCCCCCGAAUCCACUACUAUGAUAACUAUAUCAAUCAGGCCCUGAAAGCAUAUAUGCUGGAUGGUGUGGACAUCCGUGGUUACGCUGCCUGGACAUUAAUGGACAAUCUGGAAUGGGCAACAGGUUUUGAUGAUAGAUUUGGCCUCUUUUAUGUCAAUCGAUCAGAUCCCAAUUUACCACGUAUUCCUAAGAAAUCUGUUUGGAACUAUGCUACUAUAAUCAACUGCAAUGGCUUCAUAAGCCCAGAAGAACGUCCACAUAAAUGUCAGGUCCAUGAACCUGAAGACGACACUCCGGGAAUUACUACUAUACCUCCACCUGUUGAGGAACUGUCGAUCAGCUUCUUGGGUUUGGAAGUGUCUGUUUCUGAUGCUGAACUUGCUCUUAAUGUCCUCUUCAGUCUCUCUAUUAUUGCUGCCGUCACUGUUAUCCUCUUGGUGUAUGGACUUGUCAAGGCCUCCAAAAAACAAAAACAUCCUGCAGGGGAAUACAUUGACCUUGAGAAAAAAGACAAGUUCUGAACAUUAUUCUGUAGUUAAUUUCACAGUAUGAUACGUUUUGCUGUAGUGGAAUGUUUUUUGAAAAUGAAUACUAUUCAUAGCAUUCAAUUAUUUGGUUAGAUUUAACUCCCUCAGAAGCUAUGUACUAUAGUAUUUACAAAACUGAAAAUUUAAGUUAUUACAUCUUAAUUUCACUAUGUACCAUCAGGAAAUAUUGAAGUAUGAACAUGGUGACACUCUGCUUUGAAACAUUAUUAUAUAAUGUUAACCUCCUUAUUCUUCUAUAUAUUGUUAUUUUCCAAUUGCAUAAGCCUACUUUGCUAGUCUUUUUAAUGUGUUCAUUUGAUUGUUGUUGGUUUUGCCUAUGCGGUAAAUAUUACCUUUGUAAGUGCAACAGUCAAUUAAAUUCAUAGAAUUUU